CCUGCGGGCUUCCUGGGUGCGCAGACGGGGAGCGCAGAAGGUGUCUGUCCGGCCGGGUGUCUGUCUGUCUGUCUGUGUGAGAGAGGGGGAGGAGAGAGAGAGAGAGAGACCGUGAAAUCACUCUUCCUUUUCAUGUUCGUUUGGGUGUGAGCCGAAGUCGAGAAGGAGGAGGAAGAGAGAGAGAGAAGAAGAAAAGAAAGCGAGGAGGAGGUCCUGCCAUCGUAUGGGUGGCAACGCUUCGAAGAUGGCAGCUCCUGUAGUAGUUAAUGCAACGGCAAAGCACACCGCCACUGUGAUAUUUCUCCAUGGUCUUGGUGACACUGGUCAUGGCUGGGCAAGCGCAAUGGCUGCCAUUGGCUCGCCUCACAUUAAAUUCAUAUGUCCCACAGCACCAGUAAUGCCUGUAACUCUAAACAAUGGAUUUCGGAUGCCCUCUUGGUUUGACUUGAAGUCCCUGGAUGUUGACGGUCCUGAAGACAGUGAUGGCAUCAAGAAGGCUCGCGAUGGGAUCCAUCAGCUUAUUGAAGAGGAGGUGAAGGCUGGCAUCCCGCAUGAGAGAAUCAUGCUGGGAGGAUUCAGCCAGGGUGGAGCUCUGGCUCUUUACUCCACCUUCACACACAGCCGUACUUUAGCUGGUGUCAUAGGACUGUCUUGCUGGCUUCCAUUACGAGAGGAAUUUCCACAG